AUGGCCCAGGAGAAUAUAAACUUUGACAGGGAAUUUCAGUGUGAGACAGGAAGUUUUAUUUCAGUUCAGUGUGGGACAGGAAGUUUUAUUUCAGUUCAGUGUGGGACAGGAAGUUUUAUUUCAGUUCAGUGUGGGACAGGAAAAUCAAAGUUUUAUUUCAGUUCAGUGUGGGACAGGAAAAUCAAAGUUUUAUUUCAGUUCAGUGUGGGACAGGAAGUUUUAUUUCAGUUCAGUGUGGGACAGGAAGUUUUAUUUCAGUUCAGUGUGGGACAGGAAAAUCAAAGUUUUAUUUCAGUUCAGUUUCAGUGUGAGACAGGAAGUUUUAUUUCAGUUCAGUGUGGGACAGGAAGUUUUAUUUCAGUUCAGUGUGGGACAGGAAGUUUUAUUUCAGUUCAGUGUGGGACAGGAAGUUUUAUUUCAGUUCAGUGUGGGACAGGAAGUUUUAUUUCAGUUCAGUUUCAGUGUGGGACAGGAAGUUUUAUUUCAGUUCAGUGUGGGACAGGAAGUUUUAUUUCAGUUCAGUGUGAGACAGGAAGUUAUAUUUCAGUUCAGUGUGAGACAGGAAGUUUUAUUUCAGUUCAGUGUGAGACAGGAAGUUUUAUUUCAGUUCAGUGUGAGACAGGAAGUUUUAUUUCAGUUCAGUGUGAGACAGGAAGUUUUAUUUCAGUUCAGUGUGAGACAGGAAGUUUUAUUUCAGUUCAGUGUGAGACAGGAAGUUUUAUUUCAGUUCAGUGUGGGACAGGAAGUUUUAUUUCAGUUCAGUGUGGGACAGGAAGUUUUAUUUCAGUUCAGUGUGAGACAGGAAGUUUUAUUUCAGUUCAGUGUGGGACAGGAAGUUUUAUUUCAGUUCAGUGUGGGACAGGAAGUUUUAUUUCAGUUCAGUGUGAGACAGGAAGUUUUAUUUCAGUUCAGUGUGGGACAGGAAGUUUUAUUUCAGUUCAGUGUGAGACAGGAAGUUUUAUUUCAGUUCAGUGUGAGACAGGAAGUUAUAUUUCAGUUCAGUGUGAGACAGGAAAAUCGGACCCACAUAUUACCACCACCACCACCACCCCAAUGAAAAAAGAUCAAAUUGAGCCUGCAUUUGUUAGUUGUAAAGGGAAAUGUGAAAAUAAUGAACAGUGA